GUGGCACCCAUGGCUCAAUUGAAGGGAAGGAUGAGGCGGAGCGAAGGCAGCGCAAGAAUCUGGAAGCAGGUGCUGCUCGUCACGCUGCUUUCUGCUGUGAUCCUGGAUGCAGCCGUGGUCCUUCCAGGUCCAUCGCCAGGGAACCCGCUGUCUACCAAUGGAGCGGUCGAGGUCAAUGAACUGAAGAGGGACCUGUUGAAAGCUGUGGCCAACGGAGCGCAGGAGCAGAUCUUUCAAUGCGCCAAAGACUUGGAGGCGUUGAACGUCACUGAAGCUCCCAUAGGGGGGCGCUGGUCCUUGGUUUUCUCCACGCAAACCAGUGGCGAUGCGCAAGAGGAGACCCUCUUCAGUGCUAUCACGGCCGGGUUGUAUCGGGUCUUCUUUCGCUUCGCUCCCUUCCUGGCAGGGUCACAAGAUCGACCCAAGAUCGAACUCCUUGGACCCUUGAGCCUGUCGCUGGGCAACGAACAGCUGGUCGAUUUGGCCUCCAAACGUGUGGACAACCGUGUGGCGCUUCGGUUAGGAACGGAUGGACCCAAGUUCAUCAUCCGCGUCAAGGGCGACCUGCUGGGAGAUGAUGCACGAGAUUUGGAGGCCUACUGGACGUCUCCGGACCACCUUCUGUGACAGCACCAUGC